AUGCGCAUUGCGUCCUGCUUUUGGCCGCUCCGCGCAUCGCGUCGACCAGGCCGCCGCCGUCGCAAUGCGCAAUGCGGCCACCCUGCCGGCCGCAUUGCGACGAUCCGCCACCGUGAUGCGCUAACCCGCCGCUCCCAUACGCUCUCAUUCCCUCUCACCCACUCUCUUACGCUCUCAUUCCCUCUCACCCACUCUCUUACGCUCUCAUUCCCUCUCACCCCAUCUCUUACGCUCUCAUUCCCUCUCACCCCCUCUCUUACGCUCUCAUUCCCUCUCACCCACACUCAUACGCUCUCAUUCCCUCUCACCCACUCUCAUACGCUCUCAUUCCCUCUCACCCACUCUCAUACUCUCUCAUUCCCUCUCACCCACUCUCAUACUCUCUCAUUCCCUACUAUCAUAUACACUCUCAUCCCCUCUUAUACACUCCCCAACACACUCAUACACUCUCAUCCCUUCUCAUCCCCUAUCAUCCCCUCUCAUCCCCUCUCAUCCCCUAUCAUCCCAUCUUAUACACUCUCACCCACUCUCAUACGCUCUCAUUCCCUCUCACCCACUCUCAUACGCUCUCAUUCCCUCUCACCCACUCUCAUACUCUCUCAUUCCCUCUCACCCACUCUCAUACGCUCUCAUUCCCUCUCACCCACACUCAUACGCUCUCAUUCCCUCUCACCCACUCUCAUACGCUCUCAUUCCCUCUCACCCACUCUCAUACGCUCUCAUUCCCUCUCACCCACUCUCAUACUCUCUCAUUCCCUCUCACCCACACUCAUACGCUCUCAUUCCCUCUCACCCACACUCAUACGCUCUCAUUCCCUCUCACCCACACUCAUACGCUGCCAUUCCCUCUCACCCACUCUCAUACGCUCUCAUUCCCUCUCACCCACUCUCAUACGCUCUCAUUCCCUCUCACCCACUCUCAUACUCUCUCAUUCCCUCUCAUCCACUCUCAUCAACUCUCAUACGCUCUCAACCCCUCCCAUCCACUCUCAUCCCCUCUCAUCCCCUCUCACACACUCUCAUUCCCACUCAUCUCCUCUCGUCCUAUCUCACACACUAUCAUUCCCCCACAUUCACUCUCAUCUACUAUCAUACACUCAUAUUCACUCUCAUCCCCUCUCAUCCCCUCUCAUCCACUCUCAUCCCCUCUCAUCCACUCUCGUUCCCCUUCACACACUCUCAUUCCCUCUCAUACACUCUCGUACCCUCUCUUCCACUCACAUUCCCUCUCAUCCCUUCUCUUCCACUCUCAACCCCUCUCAUCCCAUCUCUUCCACUCUCAUUCCCUCUCAUCCCCUCUCCUACACUCUAAUCCCCUCUCAUACACUCUCAUUUCCACUCAUCCCCUCUCAUUCACUCUCGUUCCCUCUCAUCCCCUCUCAUUCACGUUCAUCCCCUUUCAUCCCCUCUCAUCCCCUCUCAUCCACUCUCAUACGCUCUCAUUCCCUCUCACCCACCCUCACACCCUCUCAUUCCCUCUCACACACUCUCAUACGCUCUCAUUCCCUCUCACCCACUCUCAUUCCUUCUCAUUCCCUCUCACCCAUACGCUCUCAUUCCCUCUCACCCACCCUCACACGCUCUCAUUCCCUCUCACCCACUCUCAUUCACUCUCAUAAGCUCUCAUCCCCCCUCAUCCCCUCUCACACACUCUCGUUCCCUCUCAUACACUCUCGUACCCUCUCUUCCACUCACAUUCCCUCUCAUCCCUUCUCUUCCACUCUCAACCCCUCUCAUCCCAUCUCUUCCACUCUCAUUCCCUCUCAUCCCCUCUCCUACACUCUAAUCCCCUCUCAUACACUCUCAUUUCCACUCAUCCCCUCUCAUUCACUCUCGUUCCCUCUCAUCCCCUCUCAUUCACGUUCAUCCCCUUUCAUCAUCUCUCAUCCCCUCUCAUCCACUCUCAUACGCUCUCAUUCCCUCUCACCCACCCUCACACCCUCUCAUUCCCUCUCACACACUCUCAUACGCUCUCAUUCCCUCUCACCCACUCUCAUACCCUCUCAUUCCCUCUCACCCACUCUCAUACGCUCUCAUUCCCUCUCACCCACCCUCACACGCUCUCAUUCCCUCUCACACACUCUCAUACGCUCUCAUUCCCUCUCACCCACUCUCAUACCCUCUCAUUCCCUCUCACCCACUCUCAUACGCUCUCAUUCCCUCUCACCCACCCUCACACGCUCUCAUUCCCUCUCACCCACUCUCAUUCACUCUCAUAAGCUCUCAUCCCCCCUCAUCCCCUCUCACACACUCUCGUUCCCUCUCAUACACUCUCAUCCCCCCCCAUCCCCUCUCCUACACUCUAACCCACUCUCAUACACUAUGCUGGUUGCAGGGAUGGGAUGGCGGAAGGAGAAGAGAAGAGAGGAGCUUACCUUGUUCAUACCCUAA